UUUCAUGGGACUUGGGGUGACAUUUAUAAUCGUUGAUGCUUAAAUUGCGACAAACAUUUCUCAAUAACACUCUAUUCACUAACUCGCAACUUUUCGUCUUCGAAAGUGUGAAAAUCGAUUCAAUUUCUUCCAUAAAUUCAACAAUUUCCCCUUACUUCCUUGUAAACCCUAGCACUAUUUCCACUAAAUUUCAGUUGCACCCCAUUUCUAUGGAUGAAGAAGCUGGUUCGCUGCCGAGCUCACUACUACUGCUACCCCAGCAACCGGAACAACCUCAAAGUUUUCCGGAGAAAUUUUUGUGCAAAAGUCGCUUGCAAGAGUUUACCCAAAGAGCAAGCAUACCGUUGCCGAUUUAUCAUACCAAAUACAAAGGGGUACCACCACAAGCACCAAGUUUUACGUCUACUGUUCAGGUAGAUGGAGAAACAUACACAUCUGCUACCGCAUGUUCUAACAAAAAGGCAGCUGAGCAAGAUGCUGCAAGGAUUGCAUUGGAAGGCAUAUCUAAGAAGAUAAAGAAUUGCAUAUCCAAGAAGACAACUGAAGGAGGAUUUCCUCCAAUUUAUCAGGAUAAGGUAUUUUGCAAGUCCAUACUUCAUGAGUUCUCUAUGAAAAUGAACAUAGAAAAACCAGAGUAUGAUACUGUUAGAUCAGAGGGGGUAAUUCCUGUUUUCAUUUCCUCUUUGGUUUUCAAAGGAGUGAAAUAUGUUGGCCAACCUAGUGUGAAUAAGAAAGAGGCCGAGCAAUUAGCAGCACGUGCUGUUAUAUUAUCCAUUUUGGCCAAGACUGGAGAAGGAAUGCAUCUAUCAGAGAUUAUCAAAUCCAAAGCUAAACUUUUUUCUGCAGUGCAUCAACAUAACCAUGUAAAUGUAGAUUCUGACAGUAUAAGUCAAGCUGAAGAUAAUGUGAAUGGUGGUGCAUUAGCCCUCCUAGAGCAAUCGAGUAAAAAGGAAGCAGAAGCUGACCAAGCUAAUGACGGGACUGGAAGUGUUGUUGCUCUAUCCCUCUCAGAGCAAUCGAGUGAAAAGAAUGACCAAAUUAGUAAUGGUAUUGGGUGCGCGGUGGUGGAGGUUCUCCAGGGACAGUCUCAUGUUCUGCUUAGACAUGAAUUUAGAAAGCCAGUGCAAGAGACAGAGACUAUUUCUGAACCAAUUACGCUUCCCAUUGCAUUUGUACCGUCACUUCAAGUUGAAAACUCUUUGAAUGCCUUUGGGGUGAAAAGGAAGAGCAAGAGGAAGAAAAAGGCUAACAAGAAAGCAAAAACAGAAACACAGUAAUACAGGUAUGAACCAUGUUGUAUUUUGAAGACAACUCUCGAGCAAGUGGAUCCUGAUGUGAAUAGACUUGUUAACAUGCUUUUGUUUUGUCAAAUGUUACCAGCUGAACAGCCUGCUCCGAGCCUCCGGUUACAACAUUAUGUAUGUAAGAGGUUGUUUAGUGAUUUCCAUCUUUUUGGUGUAUGUAUGUAUUAGGAUCCAGGCAGUCAAAUAGUUUCUUUCAUCGUGCUUGAACCUUGUUUUGUACUAUGUAUUUUAUUCAUAUUUUCAGGUUACCUAGA